CCCAACAAAGGAUUUGAUCAGACUGAAAAUCUCAUCGCAUCCUUCUCAGUUCUAUUCAGAAAUUAUGUGUUCCAAGAUAAUUUUAGUCCUGAUGGUGAUUUUCAUUGUAACUACUGGUGGUGAAACUUGCCACCCCAAUGACCUCAAGGCCUUGACUGAUUUCAAGGCUGGGAUCCGCUAUGAUACUUCAUUCAGGCUAGAGAAAUGGAAUGGGAGUACUGAUUGCUGCAAAUGGGAAGGCAUUUUGUGUGACAAUAGCACUGGUAGAGUCAUAGAAUUGAAUCUUCCAGGUCUCCUCACCUUGUAUGAUGCUCCAGCACAAACAGUCAUGGACGGCCAGCUAUCUCCUUCCAUUGCACUUCUGAGCUCUCUGGAAGUUCUUGAUCUUGGCGAAGUUCUUGAGCUCAAAGGGCAGAUUCCUCCGCUGAUAGGAAAUCUCACAAAGCUCCGAAAGCUGUUGCUUGACACCAACAAGCUUAGUGGUCCAAUACCAGAUAGCAUUGGUAAGCUACCUAAACUUGAAGAAUUGUGUCUGAAAGAGAACUACUUUUCUGGUUCUCUUCCUUUCAGCCUCGGAAGUCUCAGGAGUCUUAAAAGCCUCGAUCUUAGCUCGAACAAAUUUUCUGGUUCUAUACCUGAUUCUAUGGAAAAUUUGACAGAUUUGGAGAGCUUGACUCUUCAGGAAAACUUCCUAACUGGUCAUAUUCCAAAUAAUAUUGGUAACUUGCGGGCUCUCAAAGAGCUUGAUCUAUCAAACAACUUCUUGACUGGGGGAAUUCCUUUCUCCAUGAACAAGCUAAAUUCCAUUUCAAGCAUCUUCCUUGGCAACAACCAGCUUGAGGGAGAGAUACCAUUUCCUUCAAGCCCCGGUCAGAUGUCUUCCCUCGCCUUUCUACGCCUAAAUGACAAUCAUCUGACAGGCAGGCUACCUUUGUUUUUUGGGCACCUGAAAUCACUUCAAAGAGUCAUUCUUGACAAUAAUCAGAUUGAGGGGCCUAUCCAUUCCAAUUUUAGCGAUUUAAAAGCAUUGACAAUGUUGUAUCUCAGCAGAAACAGGUUCUCUGGUAAACUACCAAGAACUAUUGGACUGCUCUCUCAGCUUCAGUUUCUGGAUCUCUCUUACAACAUGAUUCAAGGACCACUUCCUUUGGAGAUGUCUACUCUCACAAAUCUUCAACUACUUGACCUGUCAUUCAACCAUUUGAAUUUGUCAUCCAUCCCAACUUGGCUUGUGGAGUUGCCAUCACUGUUUCAGCUUCACUUGGCUGGAUGUGGAAUACAGGGUGAAAUUCCUGGAUACUUGGAAAGACCUGCAAGCAUAUUGCAAGAAUUGGACUUAUCAGAUAACCAUAUUACUGGGAGCAUACCUGCAUGGAUUGGGAGCUUCACUAGUCUUUACCUUUUGAACCUCUCCCAAAAUUCCCUUGCUUCCAAGAUUCCCGAUACAGUUACCAAGCUUGGACGCUUAGGGGUGCUGGAUCUUCACUCAAAUAGGUUAUGGGGUCCUCUAAAUCUGGUAUUUCAAAUGCAAAGCAGUGGAGGAUUGACUUAUAUUGAUCUUUCUGAUAACAGCUUCUCAAAUGAUAUUGAGCAGGCUGACAUGGGAACGCAACAGGGGAUUCAGUACCUCAAUUUAUCACAUAACUUUCUCCAUGGUAAAGUGCCAACAAGUGUCGGAAAACUGCAAUCGCUGCAGACUUUGGAUUUGAGUUAUAAUCGGUUUGACUCUGUCCUGCCAGAAUCAUUAGCAAAUGCAAGCAUUUUGGUGAGUCUAGAGCUGCAGAAUAAUCUGUUUACAGGCAGAAUACCAGAUGGGUUUUUGAAAUUGACAAAACUCAAAGAGUUGAACCUAUCAGAUAAUCUUCUUUCUGGACAAAUUCCUAUUGGUGAGCCUCUAAUUAAUUUUCCAAAGAGCUCUUAUUCUGGAAAUAGAGGACUUUGUGGCAAACCCCUUGCUACCUGUAGCCCACACACUGUGUAUCCGUAUAUUACUUAGUUUUGGUCUUUCUUCGGGACGAAGAUUGGAAUGUGAUAGCAGCAGCUGGAGUCAAUUUUAUACAA